AUGGGCUGUGGAGGAUCCGUGUCCAAACAAAAUCUGAGUGAAGAAUUGGAGGCCCACCAACUGGAGCUGGAGAAUGAGCGACGCAGGUUACAAGAAAAGGAUUCCCAACUGGCCAGCGUCCAGGAGUGUUUACAGAAACAACUUCGAGGUUCAGAACAGGAGUCUGCCAAAGCAAGUCGAUCUCUGGAAGAACUUCGAAGUGAGUUGGACGCGCGACGUGAAGCACAGGCAGAUGCUUUGGCACGGCAGCGGGAAAGGCUGGUGGAGGAGCAUCAACAGGAGCUUCAGUCCAUGUUGAAGGCCCGGGAAGCGGAACAUCAGAGGCGCCUCGAAGAUCAAGCCGAAGAGCUCCGAAAGGAGGCCGCCAAUCGCAGAGAAGCAGAGGAGGCAGCCAAGGCGGAGGUGGCCGUGCAUCUCAGCAACGCCAAGGCCAGCACUUCCCAAGAGGUGCUACGGCAGAAGGCGGAGGUGGAAGCGGCGCGACUGGAGCUGAAAGUCUUGCAUAGCCAGGUGGAGCCUCUGCAAGUGGAGCACAGGGAGGCCUCUGUUCAGCUGCAUGAAGCGCGAAAGGCUCUCAGGGCUGAACAGGAGGAUCGGAUGUCUGGCGCUCAGGUGGCUGCAUUGGAACAGCGUUUAGCCGAAGCCCACAGCGAACACCAGCGUGCGGAGCAGCGCCAUGGAGACGUGACGCUCCAUCUGAAGGCUCAGCUGCGUGACCUUCAGGAUGAGCUGAAGACGCAGACCGAUGAGCUGCAACAGCGAGAUACAGUGGUUCAGCAACGCAACCAUGAACUGGCUGAUGUGAAUGGACAGCUGAAAGAUUUGCAGGGCCUGUUUGACGAGGUGAACCAUCAGCUGCAGCACGAGUGUGGCCGCAUCGAACGGCUCCAGGGUUCGGUGACGCAGUGUGCCAAACAGGCCAAAGAGUUGGAAUCUUUGCAAAACAUGCUGGAGGAAUCCCAUGUGAUGUUGGCGCAGCUGCGUGAGACACUGGAGAAGGAAAAGGCUGAACGUCUUCGGGUAGCAGGUCUGUUGGAACACGAACAGCAGAGGACACAACUCUUGUUGGACGUCCUGAAACACUUCAAGGAGAAGUUACAGGGUCUCACGCCGCAAGUGCUGCUGGGCCGCUUGGGUGACAAGGCACUCUUUGGUCGAGCUUUCGAUGAGAAAAACCUGGGAAAUUAUGGCCUGGGUGGCCUGGGUGGCCUGGGCCUUGGAACCCCAAGCCACCAAGGAAGCCACCAAGGAAGCCACCAAGGAAGCCACCAAGGAAGCCACCAAGGAAGCCACCAAGGAAGCCACCAAGGCCACUCCCAAGGGGCCCCUUCGCCCCAAACCGGGCCUGCCUUAGCGGCACCCGACUGGUUGACACCGAUGACACCGUUGACACCAUCCAUGCCGUCCAAGCCGUGUGCUGGUGCUGGAUGGUCUUUGCGCCCUGGAGUUGAGGUUCCACCGGUUCCAACGGACCAAUCCUUCAGGGUCCGGAAAGCUGCAGCUGGCGGCUUUGCCGAGGUCGCCAAGAUGCUGAGCUUCGCCGACGUGCGGCGGCGCUUGGUGCCGGCGUUUGAGAAACUGACGAAAGAUCCUCACUGGGGCGUAAAGAAGGCAGUGGCGGAAAACCUCGUCACGUUUGCCAUGACCAUGCCCGCAGACCAGCGGAGGGCCUGUUUUGAGCCCAUGGUCAACAACCUCCUGAACGACUCUUCGAGGUUCGUGAGUUGCGCCAUGUUGCAGCAACUGGGAUACUUCAUCGGUUGCUUGGAGGACGCUGCCAGUGUUCCAAAGACCUUGCUGGAGCAGUACCUCCAGGUGGUGCGAGGAUCCAUGGCAAAUCCAGAUGCAGCUGACAUGAGUUUCCAUUGUGUCUGGGUCUCGGAGACGGAGGUCAGGUCGUCUCCAUUUCUUGGCGACUUGCCACUGGCUGUCAUCGCUCCAGUCAUCGCUUAA